AUGAGUUCCCCGCCUCGAAUAAGUCCACUUCCCUUCUACACAUCAACCACAUUUCCUUUCCUUCUUCUCGGUUCCGCGCACGUCAGAUCUCCGAGAUACGCGUACAUCGAGGUCAAGGGGGGAGUUGAUCGGGCGCGAAGUGUCAAAGAGGGAGAGAAAUUGACAUGUUGA